AACUCGAAGCUUCUCAACGGACUUCUCAAGGAAGAGCUCGGCUUUCAAGGAUUCAUCAUGUCUGAUUGGCAAGCUCAACACGCCGGUGCUGCUACCGCUGUUGCAGGCCUCGACAUGGCCAUGCCGGGUGACGUUCUCUUCAAUACCGGAACUACAUUCUGGGGAACCAACUUGACCGUUGCUGUCCUCAACGGCACCGUUCCCGAGUAUCGCCUCGACGACAUGGCUCUGCGUAUCAUGGCUGCCUUUUUCAAGGUCGGCUUUGAGGUGGAGUCAGUUCCGGAACUCACCUUCUCCUCAUGGACAAAGGACACUGUCGGACCUGUUCAAUACUACGCCAAGGAAAACACCCAGGUCAUCAACCAGCACGUUGAUGUUCGUAAGGGCAGAGACCACGCCAACCUGAUUCGUGAGAUUGCCGCCAAGGCCACUGUUUUGUUGAAGAACAAUGGCGCCUUGCCGCUCAACAAGCCCAAGUUCUUGGCAGUCAUUGGAGAGGAUGCUGGACCCAACCUCAAAGGGCCCAACGGAUGCGACAACCGAGGCUGCAAUGACGGCACUCUGGGUGCUGCAUGGGGAUCAGGAACGGCAGAGUACCCUUACUUGGUCACCCCUGACCAGGGAUUGUCUGCCCGUGCUGUUGCCGAUGGUACUCGUUACGAAAGCAUUUUGAGCAAUUACGACACUGCGGCUACCACGGCUUUGGUUUCCCAGGCAGAUGCCACGGCAAUCGUGUUUGUCAAUGCCAACGGUGGUGAAGGUUUCAUCAACGUAGGAGGUAACGAGGGCGACCGCCAGAACCUGACGCUUUGGAACGCCGGAGAUGAGCUUGUCAAGAAUGUGUCGGCGAUCAACAACAACACCAUUGUUGUGAUUCACUCCAUCGGCCCAGUUCUGUUGACUGACAUGGUCAACAACCCCAACAUCACCGCUAUUGUUUGGGCCGGCCUUCCGGGGCAAGAGUCCGGUAACUCCAUUGCUGACGUCCUCUACGGAAACGUUAACCCGGGAGGCAAGUCUCCUUUCACAUGGGGCCCCAACCGCGAGAGCUACGGUGCCGAUGUUUUGUACGAGCCCAACAAUGGCGAGGCAGCGCCCCAAGACGACUUCACUGAGGGCGUCUUCAUUGACUACCGCCACUUUGACCGUGCUACUGCUGGAUCCAACAGCUCCGACGUUGCACCCAUCUACCCCUUCGGAUUUGGUCUCUCAUACACCACCUUUGAGUACUCCAACUUGGCCGUGACCAAGGGCAAUGCCGGCGCGUAUUCCCCGACGACUGGGGAGACGGCGGCAGCACCCACAUUCGGCAACUACAGCACUGACCCGGCCGAGUACGUCUUCCCCAGCAAUGAGUUCCGGUAUAUCUACAACUUCAUCUACCCCUACCUGAACACGUCGGAUGUUAAAGAGUCUGCCAACGACCCAACCUACGGCAAGACUGCCGAGGAAUUCCUUCCUCCCAACGCUGUUGCGAGCACUCCUCAGCCCAAGCACCCCGCAUCCGGAGCCCCUGGCGGCAACCCGCAGCUUUGGGAUGUCCUCUACACGGUGACUGCUACGGUGACCAACACGGGCAAGGUUGCUGGUGACGAGGUUGCUCAGCUCUACGUCUCGCUCGGCGGGCCAGAGGAUCCCGUCAAGGUGCUCCGUGGGUUUGAGCGCAUCCCUAUUGAGGUGGGCGCGUCGGCGACGUUCAAGGCGGAGAUUACCAGACGUGACCUCAGCAACUGGGACACAGCGAGCCAAAACUGGGUCAUCAGCGAGUACCCGAAGAAGGUGUGGGUUGGAAGCUCAUCAAGAGACCUGCCCCUGAGUGCAUCGCUGUAG